UUUAGAUGGUUCUACAGGGAAAGAGCAAGGAAAAGGAAUUACAAGCUCUACCAUGUUAUCUGGUCAUGUAAUGGGAACAACGAUGUAUAAGAACUCUGUGGUUCGUGAGAAUGAGUAUAUGCAAGUUGAUACUCCAUUUUCUUCAUCAACUAAUCAAGUUAAGCAACGAACCAAAGAGGCUGAGGCAAUUGCUAUUGGGAAGGGACCAGAUGGAGAAGACAUAAGAAUGGGAACGAUACGUAAGAACUCCUUGGUUCUUGAGAAAAUGUAUAAGCAAGUUGAUACAACAUUUUCUCCAUCAACUAAUCAAGUAAAGCAACGAACCAAAGAGGCUGAAAUAAGAGUUUUUAAGAAUAGUGUGGGAUCUAAUCAAGGAAUGCGAUCAAUGGGUAACAAUCCUCUGAUUCUUGGGAAAGAGAACAUGCAAACUAAUAUUUCAUUGCCUCCAUCUCCUGAUAAAGUUAUGAAACCCUCCCAAACUGUUGAAAUAGGUAUGGUAUUUACACUUUAUGUAUUAUUAAAUUUAUAGAAUUAAAUUUUAUUAUUAUAGUUCUUACCAAAUUAUGAUGUUGUAGGAUCAUCUAAUCCUAAAAAGGUAAAAAGAAUUCGAGGGAGCAACAAGUGCAAGGAAGUUGCAUCACUUGAAAUCGGACAAAAGCUGAAAGUAACCUUUUACAAUAAUAGAACGGUUGGAAAAAAUAGCAAUCUAUUUUCGAGAAACUUGAAAAAAAUAAUUCAUGACAGUAACAUGCGUCCAUUGGUUGUAUCAUCAUGGAGUGAUAUUAAGAAACAAAAUUUGGAUCAUAUAUAGGCAGCUAUUGAGGUAACAACUGUAGUCGAUAGUAUGAAUGGGCAUUUGGACCUUUUUUUGCUUUGUUCUGACUAAUGUUGUGUAUUCAUUAUUGUAGGAUAAAUUUGAGAGUGAUGAUAUGAAUGAUCAUCGUGAUCAUAUCUUUGAAUGGAUGAAUGAGUUGUGGAAUAAAUGGAGAGGACACUUGCAUAGUAAGUAUGUGAAAAAUAAGUCAAUGGUACAUGCUCUUAAAUGUAAACCAAAGAGAGUAGAGAAGAAGGACUGGGAGUGGUUAGUUAAGGAACAUUUUUAUUCCGAAAGUUUUUAGGUAUUCCAUUUCGUAGCACUAUAUUACUUACUUUAUAAUUGUGUGUGGAUAGACUUCUUUUUUCUAAAAAAAUCAAUGGUUCUGUUUAUGUUGCUCUGUAUUACCUGUUAGUUCUUCCCUAUAAACUUUAUUUGUUGAUGCAAUUUCAGAAUUUGCAUUUGAAUAGAUGCUAAGUUUAUUGUUUAAGAAUAAUACAGGCGAGAAACAAAAGGAAUACAACAAACCGAGCUAAUUUGACAGUGCUUCAUCAUAUUGGUAGCAAGUCUAUUCGAGAGAUAAUGUAUCAGCAGGGUGGGAAAGAUGAAAAUCCUCCGGAUUUAGGGACUAUUUUUUAUGAGACUCGUAAGAAAGACAACAAGCUUGUUGAACCUGAAGCAAUUGAAAAACAUAUUGAAGAAAUUGUGAAAGCAGAGCCAUCUCUACCUACCAUAGAGAUUGUAGAAAAAUGUUGGGGACCUCAAAAUCGUAGUCAUGUAGUUUUCUUUGGCGGUAGAGUAAAGGCGAAAGAUAUGAAAGGGGGCACUUCUUUAAAGACUGAAUUACUGUCAGCUCUACAUUCAACUCGAGAGGACAAUAAAUCCUUGAUUGAGGAAAACAAAUCAGUGAAUGAUCGUUUGUCAACCUUAGAAGAUGAGAUGGAAAAAAUAAGAAAAAUGCAAGAAUUUUUUGCUGCUCAACAAUCUCAUAUCCCUCAUACGACCCCACCCGUUUCAACUGAAUGACACUGACUUAUUUUGUUGU